GUCGGCGGGACUUCCGUGUUGGCGGGAUUCUGAACGCUGCCAUGGCUCAGACCGUGCAGAACGUUACAUUGUCGCUCACUCUGCCCAUCACGUGCCACAUCUGCUUGGGGAAGGUACGCCAGCCUGUUAUAUGCGUCAACAACCAUGUAUUUUGUUCAAUUUGUAUCGAUUUGUGGUUGAAGAAUAAUAGCCAAUGUCCAGCCUGCAGAGUCCCCAUCACUCCUGAAAAUCCUUGCAAAGAGAUUAUUGGAGGAACAAGUGAAAGUGAACCUAUACUGAGCCAUACAGUCAGGAAGCACCUUCGGAAAACUAGACUUGAAUUACUCCACAAAGAAUAUGAGGAUGAAAUAGAUUGUCUACAGAAAGAGGUAGAAGACCUUAAGAGUAAAAAUCUCAGCUUGGAGUCACAGAUCAAGACUAUUCUGGAUCCUUUAACCUUGAUGCAGGGCAACCAAAAUGAAGACAAACAUCCAGUUGCAGAUAAUCCAAGUAAAAUUGACCCAGAAACUGUAGCAGAGUGGAAGAAAAAACUUAGAACAGCUAGUGAAAUCUACGAAAAAGUGAAAGAUGAUGUGGAAAAGUUGAAGGAGGCAAAUAAAAAAUUGAAAUUGGAAAAUGGUGGCCUGGUGAGGGAGAAUUUACGACUGAAAGCUGAAGUUGAUAACAGAUCACCCCAGAAGUUUGGAAGGUUUACAGUAGCUGCUCUUCAGUCCAAAGUAGAACAGUAUGAACGUGAAACCAAUCGCCUCAAGAAAGCCCUGGAACGAAGUGAUAAAUAUAUAGAGGAACUAGAAUCUCAAAUUACACAGCUAAAAAAUUCAAGUGAUGAGAAGGAAGCUAUGAAUUCCAUUUGCCAGAGAGCACUUUCUACAGAUGGCAAGGGGAGCAAAGGCACCGAGGAGGAUAUGGCGUCCAAGAAUCAAGGUGAUGGUGCCAGAAAGCAGCUUGGCUCAUCAACCUUGAAUUCACACCUGGCAAAACCUUCUAGCAGUUCUGUCAGACAGGAAAGCACCAGCAAAACAGAACCAAAUUGUUCUAAGAACAAAGACUUAUAUCACAAACGGGUGGAAAUAAUGUUAGAUGUGACAGAUACAAGUAUGGAUACUUAUUUGGAAAGAGAAUGGGGUAAUAAGCCAAGUGAUUGUGUAUCCUACAAAGAUGAAGAACUCUAUGAUCUUCCAGCUCCCUGUACUCCUUUGUCCCUUAGUUGCCUUCAGCUCAAUACGCCAGAAAAUAGAGAGAGCUCUGUGGUCAAAGCGGGAGGUUCCAGAAAGCACUCAAACCAUCUCAGAAAACUGGUGUUUGAUGAUUUUUGUGAUUCUCCGAAUGUUUGUAAUAAAGAUUCUUCAGAAGAUGAUAGAAGUGAAAGUGAGAAGAAAUCAGAAUGUUUUACUUCCCCAAAGACAGGGUUUUGGGAUUGUUGUUCCACGAGCUAUGACCCCAGCUUGGAUUUUGAAAGCUCAGAAGAGAACACGAUAGCAAAUUGUGUUGGAGAAAUUUCUUCAAAAUUGAGUGAGAAAUCAGGCUCAUGUUUAUCCAAGAGAUUGAAUUCUCUCCGCUCCUUUGAAAUGAAUCGGACAAGAACAUCCAGCGAAGCAUCAAUGGAUGCGGCUUACCUUGACAAAAUCUCGGAGUUGGAUUCAAUGAUGUCAGAGUCAGACAACAGCAAGAGCCCUUGUAAUAACGGUUUUAAGUCAUUGGAUUUGGAUGGCUUAGCAAAGUCAUCUCAAGGCAGUGAAUUCCUUGAGGAACCAGAUAAGCUGGAAGAAAGAACUAAACCAAACCUUUCUAAAGGUUCUCUAACUACUGAUCAGUUAGAAAAUGGAAAUGAAUGGAAACCCAAUUCUUUUUUUCUCCUCUCUCCAUCUGACCAGGAAAUGAAUGAGGAUUUUUCACUCCAUCCCAGUUCUAACCCAGGAACCAAUGAAAUCAAACCCCCAAGCUGUUUGUUUCAGACUGAGUUUUCCCAGGGUGUUUUGUUAAGCAGUUCACACAGGCUAUUUGAAGAUCAAAGGUUUGGGUCAUCUUUGUUUAAGAUGUCCUCAGAGAUGCAUGGUCUUCAUAACCACCUUCAGUCUCCUUGGUCUGCUUCCUUUGUGCCCGAAAAGAGGAAUAAAAAUGUGAAUCAAUCAACAAAAAGAAAAAUCCAGAGCAGCCUUUCCAAUGCCAGCCCAUCAAAAGCAACUAAAAGUUGACUCAUUAGAAAGGUGUCAUUUAUGUUUUUGUCCUGAGAGGAAUAUAAGAUUUCAAAGUUAGUUUUUUCCGCUCAUAAAAGCUCUAUACCAUUUUGAACUGAUAAUCUUUCGUCAGGUGUCAAGUCAGAAUGGUGGAUUAGCCUGUACCCAGGAUACUUUUGUUCACUUUGAAGAGUUUUAGUCUUUUUCAUUUUCAUUUGGGGAUCUUUUUGACCAGAAAAGGUAGGGUGAGAGUUUCUUUUUAAUGAAUAUUAUACAUAUCUGGUUUGGGUAUAUUUUGUUUUCUUGAAGCCUCAGUUAUCUUUAGAACUUGGAUUUUUUAAAUAAAACUUUCGGUGUUGUCCACACACUGCUCAUAAGACACUUGAGUUUCUUUAAAGCUUUUCCUAGGGUGGAAAUUAUUUUGCCUGCCUCUUUUUAUUUAUGUUUAGUGAUAGCCUAACUUUUAUUCGAGGCCAUGAUGGAGA